AUGGCUGAUGCUAUCGUUAAUUUUGUAGUUGGAAAGCUGAAGGAACAAGCUUUCCAAGAAGUAUCCCAAGAAGUAAUAUUCCAGUGGAGAAUCAAAGCUGAGGUGGACAAAAUCACUGCUCGGCUAGCGAACAUGAAAGGCUACGUUGACGAUUCAGGCAAGGGGAAACAAGACACCAAGGUAGCAGAGAGCUGGGCGACUCAACUGAGGGAUACCACACUUCAACUUGAGGACUUGUUGGAGGAAUUCAUGUUGGAUUCCAAGCUUCUAGAACUCAAUACUCCUCCCUGCAAUUUUUGUCAACUCAACUCCCUCUUUGCCAACGUGCAUAGCUUUGCCAAGAGGGUGAAGAUACAGUUUUGCUUCCAUCAGCAGUUAAAAGCCAUGGAUGAGAAGCUACUUGUUCUAGAAGCAGACAAAUCAAAGUACGGUAUAAAACUCAAAACAAAUGAUGGAAGAAAUGAGUUACUGAUGAGCAGUGGGAGUGGAUAUAUGGAGGGGAUAGAGGCAGUGGGGAUAGAUAUGGAAGUCAACCGGAUAGCACAACUGAUUGAGAAGCGUAGUGAUCAAGUGAAGUUGAUCACGAUUUGGGGAGCUGGAGGUUGUGGGAAAACUACUUUGGCGAAGCAAGUUCAUGAAAGAGUCACGAAGGAUCGCAGCAUUGAUUAUUGUUGGUGGGUUGAUGUGAACCACUCCUCAGAUAUUGAAUUUGUUCUGAGGGCAACAAUCAAUGGGCUCUACACAAGUGAUGGAACAGAGAUGCCAUCUAAACUGGAGAAAGCAGAUGGAAAAUCUCUCCACCAACACAUUUGCAACUACUUGAAAGGGAAGAGAUCAUUCCCAAUGAGUACGAUGGUGAAGAGUUGGAAAGAAUCGAAAUGCACGAUCUUUACCGUGAUGUGGCCCGUGAGGUGAUUAGAAGGGAAAUGUUUGCUGAAAUCAUCAAGUUGGAGCAAAGUAGCUGGAAACUUGAGUGGAAGCAAAGGCGUAGUUUGAUCAUCCUGGAAAAGGAGCAAAAGGUUGAGCUUGACAAUUGCUACGAAAAUAUGAAGAAGCUACGUACACUAAUCAUCAACUACUGUAAAGGGAUUGCUGUGAAUUCAUUCCCUCAGAUGCUCCAAAACAUGAAGUUGCUCAGAGUUUUGGUGUUGGAAUGGUUACCUCGUGGUAUGGAGGAACUGCCCAAUGAGGUUGGGGAUCUAAUUAAUCUUAGGUACUUAAGUCUGACUGGUAAUAGGGGUACGAGACAUCUCCCAGAUUCGUUGGGAAGAUUGCACAAUCUACAGACAUUGGAUCUAAGAAAUACU